CUUUGAACUUGCAAGCUCUCGCAAGUGUGUUACUUGGGAACCAGCUCUGCUGCUAGUUGAUGCAUUGACAACAGUCUUACGUGGGACUUGAAAUCAUUUUGCAAAAAAAUUAAAAGCUUUGUUCCAGAGGCUUCCCCAUACGCAGCCUGUGUGACUAUGUCAGAAAACUUUCUCCAGGAACCACUCACAACAAGGUAGUGAUUUAAGAGUUCCUAGUGUUCCUGCAGGACUUUCUAGGGAGCUUUUUACACAACAGACCUGCCCUCCCAGCCACCCAACUUUACUCCAUUUCACUUCCUGCCUUCAAGCAAACUCCAUCCUAACAGGAAAAGUGGAAGGAAGAUUUCAGCAGCACUGCUAAACUCCAACAGCAACAACCGAUGUGUGUAUCACAUUGAAGUCACAGCAGUUUUUUUUUUUUCUUUUGUUGCUGUUUGUUUCUUAUGCUCUCUCACACAAAGGACGUUUUCGGGAAUAUUAAAUCUGAUUUGGGAAAUUCGAUUGCCCUAAGACUUUAUUUUGAACUGGCAUCAUUGGUCAGGAUCCACACUGGAAUACUUUUUUCUUUCUCUUCCUUUCCUACAAAAGUCACCAAGUGGAUUUAAGUACUUCUGCUGGGAAUUGAGGGGGUCACGUUAGGAGGCUCUGCUGCGGAAUACUUCGAAGCUGGGCUACCUUACGUUUUCCAUGUACUGGAAAAAUGAAAGUAUGGCUCCACUGCCAGAAGGAAACAAACUUUUGUCUGAAGGUAUUCCAGCUGAAAAGGUGAUGUCCCAAGAAGGCCAGAAUACUCAAGGCGCAUCCCGUUGCUUGGACAGCAAACACCCUCAUAUGAUGUCUCAGUCUGACGGUGAAAGUCUAAAAUGUAACCUGGAAGAGGCCAACUCUUCUCCGAGUCCCCCAUCCACUCCGUCCAUCUGCUCUCCUCCUUCAUCUUCUUCCUCCUCUUCUUCCAUACCUUCUACUGGAAAACACAUCUGUUCCAGCUGUGGCCUUGAAAUUUUGGACAGAUACCUGUUAAAGGUGAACAACCUUAUCUGGCAUGUACGGUGCUUGGAGUGCUCAGUUUGUCGAACUUCGCUACGACAACACAACAGCUGUUACAUAAAGAAUAAGGAGAUUUUCUGCAAAAUGGAUUAUUUCAGUCGGUUUGGUACAAAGUGUGCCCGCUGUGGCCGUCAGAUCUACGCCAGUGACUGGGUGAGAAGAGCACGGGGUAAUGCUUACCAUCUUGCCUGCUUUGCAUGUUUUUCCUGUAAAAGACAGCUGUCCACUGGGGAAGAGUUUGGACUUGUUGAAGAAAAAGUGCUCUGCAGAAUUCACUAUGACACAAUGAUAGAAAACCUAAAGCGCGCUGCAGAAAAUGGUAAUGGAAUUACACUAGAGGGUGCAGUGCCGUCAGAACAAGACAGUCAGCCCAAACCAGCAAAGAGAGCGAGAACAUCCUUCACGGCAGAGCAGCUACAGGUUCUGGUCAUGCAGGCACAGUUUGCACAGGAUAACAAUCCUGAUGCACAGACCCUUCAGAAGUUAGCAGAUAUGACGGGGCUGAGCAGAAGAGUAAUACAGGUCUGGUUUCAGAACUGCAGAGCCAGGCAUAAAAAACACACCCCACAGCACAACGUACCUAAUCCAGGUUCCGCACAGACUCGCAUUCCUCCUUCACUUUCAGACGACCUUCACUACUCACCCUUCACCAGCCCUGAAAGAGCCAGAAUGGUGGCGCUGCAUGGAUACAUAGAAAGUCAUCCUUUUUCAGUACUGACGGCACAGUCACUUCCUCACCAGCCCAUGGCAAUACCACAGCUACCACUCAGCCGCUGGAGUACGCCAGGGAAGAAAAACAAUGGCAUUAUUCCAUUAGGGGCAGUCUGGGUUUGCCAGCUCUUUGUCCCUACUUUAGCCUUAUACUGUCUGAGUGUGACUUUUGUAUGUGACAAGCUGGACAGUGUUCCCGUCUUUGUUCUCUGUACACUUUGUUUUUGAUACCUUAAAUUAUGGAUCGUCCUCCUCAAGAUGUAUGUCAUGACAACAUACACAGUUUAUAUGGAACACGUGUUAUCAAAUGAAGAGAAGUCUGCAACGGGAAAACAAACCUUGGUCUGUGAAACUGGUGCAUUUCUUACUGUGGAGUCAGGAUGAAACAAGACACUAUUUUAAAACAUUUUAUUUAUCCAGACAUCAGUAUGUAGCCAUGUUGGGAUCAUGGCUACAUUAUUACUUUACUGUUUUCACAGUCAUGUCAAGGUAAACGUUAAUAACUUUUGCCACAAUGUUAACUUCUAAAUAUUUCAAAUAAUUGUACGAUGGCUUUAAAGAAUUCCCAAAUGCAUUCAUUCUGAAUGAAUUGCUUCCAUGUGUAGUAUUCUUUUAAAAUGUAAUACUUCAUGCUAUCCACACGAGAGGAGAAAUGAGCAAGUAAGACCCUGAAAUGUUGCAUGCAUUUCUGACCGAAUGGUGGUUUCUCUCAUCAGAAUAUGUGUAUUUCAGAAGCAGACUCUCUCUUCUCUGAUUUAUAUGUGAAAUUCACAAAGAAAUAGAUCUCAUCUUUACAUGAAAUUUAUCACCAGGCACAAACAAUAAAGCUGUUUUUCAAAA